GUUGUAUUGGUUUUGUUUCAGAUAAACUGAAUUAUGCUGAUUCAGUGAUCAAUAAAGUGACGACGAUGCAGAAACAGAAAGAAGCCGACACGUAUAGAGUGAAGGACAAAUCAGACCGAGCCACCGUGGAACAGGUUUUAGAUCCUCGAACUCGAAUGAUUCUCUUCAAGAUGUUGAGUCGAGGAAUCAUCAGUGAAAUCAACGGCUGCAUCAGCACGGGCAAAGAGGUCAGAGAUCACCUGUCAAUACAAUCAAUCACACUGAUCAGUACUCUGAUUCAUACUGAUCAAUACCGUCCGGAUUCCAAACAGACGGUCGAUGUAUAAACGGUAAAUCAAACCAGUGGUCAGUGAUCGAUAAAUCCUCUCUGAAAUCACUUACAGACAAAAAUCAUUAACCCCUCACGGCCCGCUUUAUUAUCGCACUCGUUUUGCAAACAGAAUGUGAUUUUCAAAAUAAAUCUUUAAAAAAUAUUAUACAUUAAUAUGACUUUCUGCUUUCAUCAAGUUUAUUUUUUAA